CGAUUGCGCCUGCCACUGCCCCGCCCCUUCUCAAAACCCCGUUUCCUCCUCUUGUUGACUCCCACCCCCGAGUUUUCUUUGGUUUAAAUCGUACUAGUAUUUAUAAAUAGGGCAGCUCCUUCAUCUCCCCUGCUUCUACACCUAUAAGAUUCUUCUUGAGGCAGCCUAAACAGAGAGAAAACAAGACAUCUAGGAUUUUCCGAAUGAAAUUCUCGGUUGUGGAAAGGCAUAAAGAUGGCAAAUACACCAACUUCUCUCUCUGAACUCUGCCUUUUAUUAUCGUUGUACCCGUUUCCAUGAGAAAGAUACGAGGUUUCAAGAUCGGGAAACGACUUGUCCGGAUCUCGAGAUGGUUCUUCCGCAAAGCUCGAAACCCACGUGGGUACUGUCGCCUGACACGACUAGGAUCAUUUUCUAAUUCAAACCAUGUCUCGAAGCUCAUCAGUUGGGGUCGCCGCUUGGCUAAAGGGGCUAAAUCCAUAUGCUCUGCCAAACCCGGGGCGGGUUACGUUCAUAUCGGUCAAGACCCAACCAACGAGAAGCUGAUGGAAGUUCCGAAAGGACACUUGGCAAUCUACGUCGGCCAGAAAGACGGCGACUAUCACAGAGUUUUGGUGCCGAUUGUUUACUUCAACCACCCUUUGUUCGGCGAGCUAUUGAGAGAAGCUGAAGAGGAGUAUGGGUUUAGUCACCAAGGUGGAAUCACCAUUCCCUGCCGGUUCUCGGAGUUCGAGAGAGUUCAGACCCGUAUCGCCACCGGAACCGGUGUAAGGAAAUUCGCGUGGAAGCGCCACCACUACCAUUGAGAGGCUACACGAUGCCGGUAGUGAUGGUAAAAAUUGUUGAUGAAGACGAUAAUUAUGUUCAGUCACUAUGAUAAUGAUGUUUCAGGGAUUUUUGGUUUUAAAAGUAGAAUUUUUUACAUUUUCUCAUCUUACUUUUAUAAAUACUUUUAUUGUAAUGGGUCAGGCGUACAUUUAUAGAGA